AGCUGAUAUGCCAGCAAGACAGUUUUGUUAAGCACAAUUUUUCCUCGUUUAAGAUAGAACGUUCGCUUAUCCGCCACGGCAGCAUCAUCCUUACUUCUUUUCAUCCCCGAUCCUUCCAGCGUUAAGAUACCGAUACUCCCAGCGUUAAGAUAUCGUAUCACAUAAUUAUAUAUAAUAUAUAUAAAAAGAACCUUUUCCCUUGUGAAAUAUCAGUCUACUUUACAUAAGAUGAUAAGAAGACGACGACAUUUGAUCAGGUGUUGACAAAAACAAACCACGCAAUCUAUGCAACUAGACCUGCACAUAACAAAGUUGUCAGUUUUGUCUUCCAUUCCUGAAUGCAUUCCAGUACAUCAGUUUAGUGGAUGUCUGAAGAUCAAAGAAGUGGUAAUAAAGAAAAACAAGAGUUUGUUUCAUCAGGUGAAUAGGUUUACUUGUCUCCUUGAAGUUUGACAAAGCAAAGUUCAUUAAGAACUUUCAGUCAUGACUCCUACUGAUCUUUCUCAAAUUAAUGACUCUGACAAAAACAAAGAGACUGAAACAAGUAAGAAAAUUCAGCUUGAUCAUAUCUGUGAAAAUGAAGAGAUUUUUUGUUUUACAUGUAAUUCUCAAGUUAUAGGAAAAGAUAUAGCCAAUCAUCUUUUUCUUGGCCGAAUAGAGUGUAAAUAUUGUACAGUCAAAAUUGCUACUUGUGAUUUUUUUAAGAAAGUCUUUUACUCCAAAACACAAGUGUGUAAAGAAAACCAAUCCGGUAAACAUGAAUUUUCAAAAUGGGAAACGUCUUGUUUAAGCUAUCUUAACUAUUUUUCACGAAAGGAACUUGUAAUUCAGAGAUUUUGUCAAAAUAAAAAAGGCCCUCUCCCUGACUAUGCAGUACUGUUGAAGGUUAGGGAAUACUUGUGUAAAUUAAGUGCAAUUGAAAAUUAUGAUCCAUGGAGGAAUGGAAUAAAGGCGUGUUGGGAUUAUCUGGAAGAGAGAGAGUUAGGCAAGCAGGCACAUAUUAAAAACAGCGACUCUGACGACUCUUUUUCGGAAUCAGAGGAGGUAUCGGCAAGUGCAAAUCUCCAAGAUAAAAAUAUACUAAAGGCAUCAGUACAAGGUGAAACUGUGAACAAACACAUCAAUGGAUCCAAAAACACCUCUUCAAUUACUUCACAGAAGGAAGCGGAAGUUCCUUUAGGAGAACCUAAAAACAGAAAUGAGAAUGAGGAAAAUGCUAAAAAUCAGUGUAAAUGUCAAAGAGAGAAAAAUGUUAUGAAUCAAUGCAAUUGUCAAAUUCAGCAAGUGAAUCAGUCUUUUCCAAAAUCAGUGUCCACCUCUCAUCGAUCAGCUACUGAAAUACCUUUAACAUGUAAAAUACCCAAACAAACUGUUCAGAUGGCUAAAAAUGUUGAUAGAGAAGCAUUGUCACAAGAAGAGUUGAACAUUGAGGAAGAAGAUGAGCCUGACGAUGAACUUUUAUCAGCAUUUACAAUAGGAGGAUUAGACCAGACCAUUGAGUAUGUUACUAUUCAAGAUGACUGCAGAGAAAAAGAAAAUGUUGGCCUAACAGAAAAGCCAGUUGGCCUAACAGAAAAUCCAGUUGGCCUAACAGAAAAGCCAGUUGGCCUAACAGAAAAGCCAUCUUCUGUAAAUCAAGAUGGUUGUGAAAUAUUCAGCGGAAAAAGGAAGAACAGAAAUCAAAGUUUUUGUGAUGCUAAAAAGAGAAAGUGCCAUAAAAGUCAUGCUCCAACUAUUCAUGAUUUUCUCCCUCCUGGUGAAAUUCAAAAUGACAAUUAUUUGAUUAUUCACUUUCCUACAGAAAAUUGCCCAGAAGAAUGUCCAAAUUGCUACUGUGAGUUUUCUCCAUCGAUGCUAACUGUUAACUGUUCUACAUUUGUUUCAACAAUCAUAUGUGAUGACUGCAAGCUGACUAUUUAUGUUCUCCCUGAGUAGCCUAUGCAGUACGUACUACUCUUAUGCAAUACCGUGUAUAUAUAUUGAUAUUUUGCAUUACUUUUAGUUUAUCUUUAUGGUCUUUGUAAGACUGACUUUUCAAUCUUCAAACUUUUAAUAUACACUUUCUUAUAAAAAAUAUAAUCCCUA